AUCCAUCGUCUGGUCUUCCUGUGUUACAGCGAUUCCAACAUGGCGGAUGACAGAGACGAAAGUACGAACGAAGUGAAAGUAAGCAAAGCAUGUGGGAUAGUUGUUAAGGAGAUCGACGAUGCCAAAGGAAAAGCUUUAUUUGCAAGUAAAUCCUUUUCUAAAGGAGAUGUCAUUUUUCAAGAAAAACCUUUAGURUGUGUGCAGUUUUUAUGGAAUGCAGAGUACAAGUACCGUGCGUGCGAUCACUGCCUGAAGUCGUUAGAAUCUUCUCAAGAUAUGGCUAGAAGAUUAACAGGAGAUUAUAGUCUUGAGUUACCUCAUACAGAACAGUGUUGUGAUGUUCUGAAAUGUCAAGCAGAGAUAGUCACAUGCCCCCGAUGUCAGGUGAUAUACUGUUGUGAAGAUUGCUGCCAAGCUGCGUUCCAACAGUAUCACAACACCCUUUGUGUGGGACAUCCAGGAGAGAACCCAGACCACCCACUUAUUAAGCUACAAGAAGCAUGGAAGACAAUGCACUAUCCACCAGAAACURCUAAUAUAAUGUUAAUUGCAAGAAUCAUUGUCAUGGCCCUUCAGUCUUCAGGGGGUCAGGUUACUCCUCAGAUGUUAAGCAAUUUUUGUCAUUCAGUAUCCAACACYAAGGAACAAAUUGCACAUAAAUUGCUUGGGCCCAAAUUCCAGGAACAAUUAGAUAUUAUUAGACUCAUGAUGGCAGAAGUUCUGUAUGAUGAGAGACUUGAGCAGUGGUUCACUCCAGAGGGUUUCCAGUCUCUYUUUGCUCUUAUUGGAAGGAAUGGCCAAGGAAUUGGUACUAGUUCUMUUAGUGUAUAUGUAAAAAACAUAGAUAACCUGCCUGGCUGUUCAGAUGAUGAGCGUCAAGCUUUAGAUGUAUUCCUUGAUGAUCUCUAUGAUAAAAUUGAUAAGGUGUCUGGGCAGUUUCUUAAUUGUGAAGGAUCGGGUCUUUAYGCAUUGCAAAGUUGCUGUAACCACAGUUGUGCUCCUAAUGCCCAAGUAACAUUCCCAUUUAACAAUUCAACUCUUGUCUUGGAGGCUUUAGGGGAUAUACAAGAAGGAGAGGAGAUCUUUAUAAGCUAUCUGGAUGAUUGUCAAAGAGAAAGAAGUAGACAUUCCAGGCAAAAAUAUUUAAAAGAGAAUUACAUAUUCACUUGUGGGUGUACCAAAUGUGAACUGGAAUCUUUCCAACCUGAUGAAACGUCGUGUGAAGAAGAUGAUGACGAUGAUGAUGAUGACGAAGAAACUUAAUUGAAAUUCUGCUGUGGGGAAGRAACAAAGACUUCAUGGUCGAGACUACAAAGAAUAUAACGCAKCAAAGCUGCUAUAAAGGGAGAAUGGUUUUAAUAUAACGGGACAAUGUUUUGAAGCUCGUAUGAUGUCUCGUUGAAAAGUUUAUUUUGGAUCAGUUUUAUUUAAAAAGCCUACUAAAGACUGAAGAAAAUCAAAAUAAAGACAAGUUGUCAAUUAUUUACAAGUAAUAAUCAUAAGACCAACUUUUUUUCCAAUAUGCUAGAGCAGGAAUGAACGAGUUGAUAUUAUUAUAGGAGGGGUUAGCCUCCUUUGCAGACGUUAUUAGUAUCGGACCGAUACUAAUAACGUCUGCAAAGGAGGCUAAGGAGGGGUCAGUGAACGCUUAUUGCCACGUGAUGAYCUUGUGCAUUAACAGGUGGUGUUAUAUUCCAGCUACAAGUAUCCCCGUUUUUAAUUUCGAGGCUGACCAGUUUGAGUUGUAAAAGACACUGAGACCGCUUUAAUGUCUCAAAACAUUGUCCGCUUUGAUCGCAAUCAAUACUGAAAAUCAAACAAAAAACUCAUUUCAAAUGACAAUAUUUUCUUUCGUUUCUAACUAURACAUAUCAUUACGGUAGGGACAGCUGGUAAUUGAUGUGCCUUUUUUUUCUUUAUUGGUGUGUCGUUUAUCAUGAAAUUGUUGGCUCAACCGAGUUACUGAAUCAUUGUAAGAAAUAAAAACAGRAAUGAACGGAAGCAGAAAACUGACAUAAAAGAACAAAUACAUUGAUCAUGAACUGGCAUUUAAGGAAGUGGAAUUGGUUGAAUUUAUAGAAUCUGAAAAUAAAACCGAACUUAUCA